AUGAAAACCCUGCUCUGUGACCUCCUUCUGCUGGGUCUCUUCUCCAACGUGUUCAGCGACUGUCAGAAGGAUUGUUUGACAUGUAGAGAGAAGCUUCACCCCUUCCGGGACAACUUCAACGUUGAUGAAUGCAUCACAGAUUGUGAAGGGCAAGUCUUCCUCAGCCCCUUCUGGGCCCCUUGCACCAAGGCCAUGAAUAAGGGGCCCUGGCAACUCAGCCUGGUCAGCAAGGAUGAGGCGAUGGCGUCCGUAUACCAGCCGCAGGUGAUGGAGGUGCAGGGUCUGAGCCAGAUGGAGGGCAAGAACCGGGUGUCCCGUGUCAGAAGCCUGUACGGUGCUCAGGAAGAAGAGGCAGCAGAAGGCUUGGGCGAGGCAGGGGAAGAGAUGCAGAAGAAGUUGCAGAAACGGUUUGGGGGCUUCACUGGAGCACGGAAAUCUGCACGGAAGUUGGCCAACCAAAAGCGAUUCAGUGAAUUUAUGAGGCAGUACCUAGUCAUGAGCAUGCAUGCCAGUGAACACCAACGUCACGGCCUGGCUCCCGGCCGCAACCUGCGUCAGAAUGGCAAUGUGUAG